ACUUUAUCUGCUUCCCUCACUCCUCCUCCCCCUCUAGGGUUUUAUCUGCGAAACCCAAUCGAGAGCUUUCCAUGGCGACUCAUACCAUUUCUCGCUCUUUUCUUUGCCGACCUGUGAAAUCUCUUUCGUUCCUGUUCACGAGAUCCUUUGCUUCAUCUGCUCCUCUAGCCAAAUCUCCGGCUUCUUCUCUUUACACGUCGUCUCUGCUCAGCCGUUCCCGUCCUCUCGUCGCCGCCUUUUCCUCCGUUGUGCGUAAUGGCCUCGUGUCCGUGAAAGGUUUGUCAACGCAGGCUACAUCUUCUUCUCUCAACGAUCCGAAUCCCAACUGGUCGAAUAGGCCACCCAAGGAGACGAUCCUGCUCGAUGGUUGCGAUUUCGAGCACUGGCUUGUCGUCGUGGAGCCACCGGAGGGUGAUCCUACUAGAGACGAAAUCAUUGACAGCUACAUCAAAACCCUAGCUCAGAUUGUUGGCAGUGAAGAAGAAGCUAGGAUGAAGAUCUACUCGGUUUCAACUAGGUGCUACUAUGCUUUUGGAGCCCUUGUAUCUGAAGAUCUUUCUCACAAGAUUAAAGAGUUGCCAAAGGUGCGCUGGGUUCUUCCUGAUUCUUACUUGGAUGUGAGGAACAAAGACUACGGAGGGGAACCAUUCAUUGAUGGGAAGGCUGUUCCGUAUGAUCCUAAGUACCACGAGGAGUGGAUAAGGAACAAUGCUAGAGCAAAUGAAAGAAACAGACGCAAUGACCGUCCUCGCAACUUUGAUAGAAGCAGAAACUUUGAGAGGAGAAGAGAGAACAUGGCAGGAGGCCCUCCUCCUCAACGUCCCCCAAUGGGAGGACCUCCUCCUCCUCCAAUGGGAGGACCCCCACCUCCUCCACACAUGGGUGGCUCUGCACCUCCUCCUCCACACAUGGGGCAGAACUAUGGACCUCCGAACAACAUGGGAGGGCAAAGGCCUCCACCAAACUAUGGAGGGGCACCACCACAAAACAACAUGGGUGGACAGAGGCCACCACCAAACUAUGGAGGAGCUCCACCAGCAAACAACAUGGGACCUAACUAUGGAGGAGGGCCACCACCAAACUACGGAGGAGCACCGCCACCAAACUACGGAGGAGCACCACCACCAAACUAUGGAGGAGCACCGCCACCAAACUAUGGAGGAGCACCACCACAGAACAACAACUACCAGCAGCAGAGUGGUGGAAUGCAGCAGCCACAGUACCAGAACAACUAUCCACCAAACAGGGAUGGAAGCGGGAACCCCUACCAGGGUUGAAGUAGUUGAAUCAGUCGUGGGAUUCCUUUUUAAUCAAGCAUUCUGGGCUGUGUAUAGAUAAUUUGAGGAAGAGAGAGAGAGAGAGAGAGAGAGAGAGAGAGAGAGAGAGUGCAAUAGCAAGACUUAAAAACUCCUUUUAUCUCGAGUGUUUAUCAGUCCUGGUAUUAUGUGAGAGAAGAGCCAAAGUAACAGUGGCAUGGUUGGUUAGAACUUUUUACCCUUGGUCCGUUUUGUUUUUCUUAGUUUAUAUUCUAAAUCGGUGUUAGUGCUUCCUUUUGAUA